AUGGCUCCGCGAAACUCCGGAGGGAACUCGAAAGCGCCUCCACCCCCAGUUGCCGCGCCACCUCCUGUGGUGUUCCCUCCGGAAGCGAGCGCUCCCCCAGGAGGGUGGACCACCGGUCUUUGCGGUUGUUUCGACAAUCCAUUGAAUUGCUUGAUCACCUGUUUCUGCCCGUGCAUCACGUUCGGCCAGAACGCCGAGAUCAUAGACAGAGGAGGCACUUCUUGUGCCUGUGCCGGGCUUACGUGCUGCCUGAUAUUCCACUGUUUCGGCUGUACGUACUGGUACACAUGCACUUACCGAACCAAGCUCCGAGGCCACCACUCGAUCCCCGGCGGCGAGUGCGCAGACUGUUGUUUGCACUAUUGGUGCGAGUUAUGCGCAAUUUGCCAAGAGUAUCGGGAGCUAAAGAAUCGUGGGUUUGAUCCCUCUAUCGGAUGGGCCGCCAAUGCCGAGCGAAUGAGUCGGCCAGUCGGAGUCACAGUUCCUCCGUCAAUUCCCGGUGGCAUGGUGCGUUGA